AUGUCUAGCUCGACUCCAUAUCUUGAACCUUCAUUUUCAGAUGAUGAAAGUGAUAAUAUCAUCUUCCUAGAGAAUAAUUCUGAUUAUAAUGACGGAGACACAAUACGUAUGAAGAAAUUUAGUGAUUCCCCCAUUUUUGAAUCAUUAAAAGAUUCCAUCGCAGCACAACUUUUUGAAAUUAACGGUCAGAUUAGCACCCUACAGCAAUUUAGUCAAUCCUUACAAAAAUCAUUAGAUGAUAAUAAAGUUAGAACUAAAAUUGUGGAAAAUGUUAUCAAAAAAGCUAACCUGAAUAUUCAUAAAAUUGGAGAAUUAGUUAAAGCUUGUAAUGAGGACGUAACUAAAAUUGAUUCCCUAGAGGUAACUACUUUAAAUAAAUUACAACUCAUAUCAAGAGAAAAAUUAUUGAGGGAUUUUAAAUCCUCUUUACAAGAAUUCCAAUCCAUUCAAUCAAAUUAUACAAAGUUAAUCAAACAAAUUAACGAGAAAACAAAAUUACAAUUAUAUGGUAAUUUGCAUUCAGAUGCAAAUGAGACUGCUUUGCUUCAAGAACAAGAAGAACAUACACAACCACAGAUACAUGAACAACAAUUGCUACCGAAACAGAAAAAUCGUAUAGUUAUAGAAAGAGAACCCAUAAAUAAUGAAGAAUUCACAUAUCAACAGAAUCUAAUAGAACAACGAAAUAGAGAAAUUACAAACAUUGAACAAGAUAUUACCGAAUUGAAUGAAAUCUUCAAAGAUUUAAGUAAUGUGGUACAACAACAAGGACUAAUGGUAGAUAAUAUUGAAUCAAAUAUAUAUUCUUUCUCUGAUAAUACUCAAAUGGCUUCACAGCAAUUAAAUAAAGCAAGGAAAUAUCAAAGACAUGGUACAAAAUGGUGUCUUUACUUAUUAAUUGCAUUAUCCAUCAUGCUAGUGUUUUUAUUGUUGAUAGUGUUUAUAUAA